UUCUCCUCAUUUUCUCUCUUCUUUUCUCUGUUUCGAACUGUUACAUUCAUUCGCCGGCGACGAGCAACAGAGGCACAAAUCACGCUCAAUCUGUUUUCCCAGGAAGGGGGAUGGGAAGUGAAUUUUUGGCAACGAGCAAUUCAAUUUCAGGAAAACAAAAUAAGGCAGAAAAAAAGGAAAACCGGUCAAACAGGUUUCCGGUCCGACCGUCCGGUUUCACUGGUUUAAAACGAUUCUUAAAGCAAUUUCAUUGAAUUUUGGCGUGGGAUAAUGAGCGAAACGAUAAGAAAAAUCUGAGGCUGCGGAGCUCAAAUUAAAAUUCAUGCUUCUUGUGAAUAAAUAUAUUCAUUUUUUCUUCUAGUUUUUAUUAGGGAAUUCAACUGAAAAUGGCAACUGCUAUAUGUUUAUUCACUUCAACUUCAACCUCCCAUGUUUGCUCUGUAACCUCUCUCUUUCAAUCUCUCUGUUUACUUGUUAAAAAUGUGUUGCUGAAAUUAUUGAUUUAUUUGGGCAUAAGAAAGAUCUGAUUUGAUAUUACCUUGCUAAACAAGAUAAACUAAUCUCUGUCUUUUGUCUUGCAAAUUCUAUAGUUCUUGCAGUGUAGGAGAUGGAACAAUAGGAUGCUUGGACAAGUAAAAGUCACUUCCUUGAAAUUUGUUGGAUGGAAACAGAGUCGAUAAGGAUGCUGAAAAAUCGUUUAAAAAGACCGUGGAGAUAGAUCGACUAAUAGACAUACUACGGGAUGCAGAUGACAAGGAAGUAAGCAGGGCUGUUCCUCGUGUUUAUCAACUUAACAGUGUAUUAUGUCUUCUGCCAUAAGACUCCCCAUUAUAAUUCUCCACCUGACCUGACAAAAUAUAACUUCUCGCUACGAUUGACUUAACACAAUUGUUUCAACUGAUUUCAUGUGCAUUGCUGAUAAGUUGGUUCAGCAACUUGUUGUGGAGAAUGUUCUUGCUUUCAACGAAGGAUUUUGGAUACGUCUUGCAGCUAGAACAGAAACGUGCAAAUCUGAAGAUGACAAGAAAGACUACGAGGAAUUGGCUGCAGUCCUGAUGAGUGUGGUGGAUCGUCUUGUUCACAAGACUAAAGAAAAGAUAGAGUCGGCUACUGAUGUGCUUAAGGCUAUUCUGAAGCCUGUCAUUGAUGAAGAAGAAGAGAUUUCUUGGCCUCCCAGAGAUCCAGAUGCUCUCGUCCUCAUGCAAAAGGAAUUAAACCAAAGAGAGCAAGAAGGCCAACUUGACGAAGGUUUCCUUGCAGAAGUUAAUGCACAGCUGCGGCAAGCGAAAGAAGACGGGGACAAGCCGGGGCUUGAGGCUAUGUUGCAAAAGGUUCUUCAACUGUAUGCUUCCAGAGUCCUCUCUAAGCGUAGCUAUGCACGAAAAGGAAACGAGGUUUUGAAACCAGAGCAGUUUCUCGAGACAUUAAUCCAAGCUCCAGAAACAGAAUGGAACAAGCUCCUACUCAGUGGAUUGACUAUUGCCAAAGGCGACAUUUUACCCCAAGACUUGUACGCUGUUGUGAAGAAACGUAUUGAACGAGUGUUGAUCAGAACUGAGGGUGGAUCGUACCAGCAGCGUGUCCUCAUCGAGUACCUAAAGGGCAUCCAAUCAAGGGGAGAGGAAAUUGUGAAUGCACUCCAAGGUGGGAUGAACACCAAAGAGAGAAGCCUGAUGAGAAAUUAUGUUUGUGGUGAUUUUUGAUUUUAUAUUUCUUGUGAAAUUAGAGUAUUCUUGAUGUUUGGUGCAUGGAAAUGUACUUGGAUUGUGAUGCUCAAACCAAUUGAAUAUUGAAAGCGUUUUAGAUUCAUUGUA